AUGCGUACCCGCUGGAAAGGGAAGCCGGCCCGUAGACGCAUUGUGGAGAUGGAGUGCUUUUGUGCUUGGUCUCAUUCAGAGUGCGUUGGACAGCGCACUGCUGUCACAACGGGACCAUACGUCAUCCCUGCUCAAGCGAUUGACGAUGCAAAGGGUCCUGAUGUGGGCACUCAGAGGCCAUUGCGUGAUCAAGAUCAAGCCCGGGGAUCGAAAAAGCGCAGGCUGCCACAGAAUGGUUCGUCGGUGAUGCUGCAUGAGCAAGCCACCGAUAGCUAA